UGCAACCAUGAUCAUCAACCCUGUCAUGGCAGCGCACAUUAACGUAAACGAUGGGCAAUGGCAUCACAAUGUAGCUAGCUUAUUACGCAUGGGUUGUAGUCUCUCGAUUUGGUCCAUAAAAUAAAUGUCUCACUACUGCCUGGAGUUAAUCAAGUAGAAAACUGCCUGGCUCAUGCUUUUCCUAAUGUGGUGUUUCACUAUCUCGUGAAGGUGAACCUCUUAGGGCGCACGGUACUGUGUCAUCUUAAACAGUCACAGGACAAGUGUAACAUCAAGAUUUACUAAAGCGACAGGCAGAAACCAGGGCAAGAACGACUGACUCAACAGGACUGCGCACACAGAACGCUGUAGUGGCGAGACCUUCACAAAGAUCCAGCGAUUGGACGCAAAAGGAUGGAUUCUUUCAGAUUGGGCUCUAGCAUAGGACUGUCUCCCUCUCCAAGAGACCGACAAUCACCCAUCCGUUUUGAUCAAGAGCACUCACAACCGGGAACAAUGGCCGGAUGUCGGGCGGGAACACUUGGCUUCCCAUCCGAAUCGUUGUGCGUAAAGUAUGGGGAUUUUUUAAAGAACACCGCUGCAGCAGCGGAGAGCAGUGGUGGGGAGCAGAGUCAGGAUGAUGACAGUGAUGGCAUUGGUCGGAGUGACAUGGUGCUUUUUCCAGAGGAAAGGCUCAUGGCAUCAAUGGCCAAAUGUGACGCAGCAGGUAAGAAACACAAAGAGCAGAAGGUGCUGAGGCUCAACAUUAACGCCCGAGAGAGGAGGAGGAUGCACGACCUGAACGACGCGCUCGAUGAACUGCGGUCGGUGAUCCCCUACGCGCACAGCCCAUCCGUACGGAAGUUAUCAAAAAUAGCCACUUUGCUCCUCGCCAAAAACUACAUACUCAUGCAGGCACAAGCACUUGAAGAGAUGAGAAGACUUGUCAGUUAUCUUAACCAUGGACCUGGCGUUACUGCUGCGAAUACUGCUGGUGAUAGGGCAGCAGUCUCCAAGGUGCAGAGUAGAGUACCGAGUGGUAGCCGGCUAGCAACAGUGACUCAGGGCAGGGUACUGGGCAAGACAUACCCAGAGUUACUCGGUAAGAGUUACAACUGA